UUUUUUUUUUUUUUUUUUUGUACAUUAGAAAAUUGAAGAACUUCAAAUUGCUGAACGUGAAUGGAAAUCAGCUGCUAAACAUGGUCAACGUCGUGCAGCUCAACAAAUAGAAUUAAGUCGUUUUCAACAAGAAAUUCGUUUAAUUGCAACAAAAAUUGUCGAUCUUGAACGACGAAUUGAAGAAAAAAAAGCAUUAACAAUUGAAUUAAAAAAAGAAUUUGAUCGAAUUAAAUCUGGUAUUGUUGAAUUAUUAUCUCGUUUUGAAUUAUUAGAAACAAAUUAUAUUAAUAAAGAAGAUGAACUUUGUCCAUAUUUAUCAUGGUUUCUAUCUGAUCAAAUACAAUUAGCUAAAAUCUAUCGACGUGAUGUUGAAGAAUUAAAACGUUUACAACAAGAACAUCUAUCUAAAUUAGAUAUUAAUAGAAAUUUAUUAUCAUUUGAUGAACUUAUUCAACAACAAAUUAAUAAAUAUUAUCAUUAUAGAAAUUCUGAUGAUGAUGAAGAUGAAGAUGAAAUAGAAAAUUCUAAUAAUAAAAUAAAAUUAAUUAAAGAAUUAGAUAAAUUACAUGAAGAACAUGUUUUAUGGUUAAAAAAGAAGAAAAAAGAUUUAAAAAUAACAGCACCAAUUGUUGAACGAUUACAAGAACUCUACGAUCAUUUACAAAUUCUUGAUGUCAAAUAA